AUUUCAUAUUCGCUAUCGCUAAAGCUUUAAUCAAAAUCAAUAUUUAUCAACGUGUAUGAGUAUUACAUCCGUACAGAAAUUCGUUAAGUGAAUGCAAAAACAAUUCUGUUACAAACUGAGUAUAAGCAGUUUUGUGUUUUUUAUUGAUUAAAGUAUAAAUACUACCUAAUAAUGCGAAAACCAAUUUUCUUAUUAGUGUCCGCUAUCGUGUUUUUAUAUUUUUCUGUUAUCUUAUUCUUAUUAAGUCCUAUACAUGAAUCAGGGAAUGUUUACUACGGCAACAAUUAUAUAGGCCCUUUGGGAUUAAGACUUGUGCCUAGUGUAAACUGGUGCAAGGAGUUACAUUGGCGAUCACCUCCUUUACCGUAUCCAGUAGCACUUGUUUCUUAUCCUGGUAGUGGGAAUACUUGGCUCAGAUAUCUUUUGCAGCAAGUCACUGGUGUCUUAACAGGCUCAAUUUAUAUGGAUUUUGGUCUAAAAGUGCAUGGAUUUCCAGCUGAAAAUGUUACCGAUGGCUCAGUGCUUGUUGUAAAGACUCAUGAAGCUCCACCACUUGAGCCUGAUAAGUUUAAAUCAGCUGUGUUAUUAAUAAGGAAUCCUAGAGAUGCCAUAUUGGCAGAUUUUAACAGACUUCAUAAAGGUCAUAUUGGUACAGCACCGAAAUCCGCUUUCAAGAAAAGAUCUCGUGAACGAAAGAGAACUGAUUGGUCUGCAUAUGUUGCAAUACAGCUGAAAACUUGGGAGACACUACAUGAUCUGUGGUUAACGAAAUUUCCAGGAACAGCGUACAUUGUGUUUUAUGAGACAUUAGUUAAAGAUACAAAGAAUACCCUUCAAGGCAUACUGAACUUUUUAAAUUAUACUUUCACAGAAAAUGAUAUGGACUGCGCCCUGACACACAAGGAAGGUAUCUACAGACGUAUUAAAAAGCUACAGGACUUUGACCCGUUUACUCAAGAUAUGUACAGACAGAUAGAAAUUGUUAAAAGAAGAGUAAUUAAUAAUAUCAGAAAAUAUAGAAAAAUGCACAACGAAACUGAUAUUCUGGAGCUUUUAUAAAUUUACCUAUUUUUAUUAAAUAAGUUACUGGGUUAUCAGUAUUGGAGUUUCGACUAGACAACUAUAUCUAAGCUGGUAAGAGUUGGUGCGAACCCGGUUAGUAUUAGAAAAUGUAUAAAACCAAAAUGGGAAUAUUAAACCAUAAAUUAAGAGCGCGAUCUCAUCUUUGACUAAACUAUCGCACAAUUGUUUAGUCUUGCCUUGAUUUCUAUGAGCUAAUAUGGGGUUACACUACUCGAAUUUUAGUUGUACAACUAAACAGUUAAAUUUGCUGCGAAACAAACGACAAUCGCACAACAGUUAUGUGAUAGUUUAAUCAAAGGUGUGUGCCCGCUUUAAAGUUACAGAUACUUGUGACAGUUUUUUGACAUUGACAGUGACAUUAGCUGUCAUAAUUAAUUUGACAUAUAUGUUUGACAGGUGGGCACAGAGGAUAACUUGUCUGACUAUAAAUUGUUUAGAAGCUAUCAGUAUUUAUCUUAUAAUUAUUACAGAGAUUUUCAUUCCUUUAUUGACAACUCAUUAUAUUGUUUAUACAUUUUAUAUAAACCUUUAGUUAGUAGAUAUGUUCCUAUUAAUUUUAACCUCAAUUCCUGAGUCCUAUUUCAAUUAAUUUAAUUAUAAAAUAUGAAACUAGUCAAGUUGUGUAAGUGAAAUGUGUCAAAUUUAGGAUUUAAUUUAUAAAUGUAAGGGAUUUUUUUAUAGUUAAUUUAAUGGGCACAAUUUCAAAGAUUUUUACCCUUUAAUCAGUAUUUUUUAUUAUGUACUUAAUGCUUAAGAGAAAUAUGGUAAAUUGCUUUCUUUUUUAAAACUAUUAUAUUUAUUUUAUGGAAUGUUGGAAUGACAAAUUAUAGCAAAAUAAUUCACCAAUGAGAUGGCAGUAUUUUUGACAGUAACUCGACAGCAAAUUAUGAUAGAUUUUUUAAAAUUGUUGUUUUUAGAUUUUUAUGGUAUACAAAUUGUCAACGAAAAAAUUAAACCCCCAAUUUGGAAUUUUGCCUAACUUUGUAAAUUCACUAUGGUUGAAAUGCACAUAUAUAAUUUUUAAAUUAGAGUACUGUAAAUAGAUUGUUAAAAAUAGCUAUUUAUUAUUUUCAUAGACUAAAAUAUCAAUUUCUGCAUUGUAUAGCGUUCUCUCUGUGGCACUUGCAGUCAUAUUUCCAGUGUGUGACAGAGAUAGCGCUAUAUGGAGUCAAAAAGUUCGAUGUGUUACAUGUGCAUCAUUUGUAUUAUUAAUUAUUGAUUUUAUUUAUAAAAAAGUUCCUAUAUUUCCUUUGCAGUGUGCUCGUGAUCAAACAUUAUAUAUCAUUGUAAACAUAGUUUUAAUUACACUUGUAUUAUUUUAACUUGUCCGCUCAGAAUGCGUACGAGUCGUUACGCAGAACAGAAUGUUACAUGGAGAAUUGAAAACUUUGUUACCUGUCACUAUAAGAAAAAAUAAGUGAGGUUGCCCUCAAGGUCAGGCAGAUAAAAAUAUUAAAAACUAGAAUACCAUAGACAUAUAACCUAUAGAGCACAAAUAUAAGGCGAAAAAUAGUCUUUGGGUAAAAUUAAAAUUCCUUGGUGUUGUCGUUUCAAAUAAAAAAUGACAUUUCGAAAUGUAGGUUAUGUACGAUGGCAACAGUGUUUUAAAAUUUUAAAUGCUUUUUAAAGAAAAUAACUUAUUAAAUGCCACUUAAAGGAAUUGUUUAAAUAAA